AUGGCCGCCGCAACUGCCUGCCCAGUCAUCGGAUCUACCAACUCCACUCUUCCCCCCAACCACCCUGACAUCGACCUCAACCAGGAAGGCCAGACCUGCCCAGUAGUAGGCGCAACCACCGACCACCACCACAACCUCUCCAAGCAUCCCUCCGUUCCACUUCCCGACGACCCCAAGUCCCCGAUAGCCACAUCGUGCCCAGCUCUCAAGAACGUUGUGCAGCAGCCCAAGUCGCAAGCUAUGGAUGAUGAAAUCUGCCCCGUUGUGGGAACUGCCACCACCGUUCUACCGCCCGACCACCCGAGUACUGUGAACGCUAAGGAAGGGGAUAUAUGCCCCAUCACCAAGGCCACAGUGGGCCACCACAAGCAGAAGGUGCAUGAGCAUCCCAGCGUGAAUGCUGCGAGCGACGAGAAAGUGUGUCCUGUUACUGGACAGCAUGGAGCUGCCCAUUAAGAUGAUGGAGCUGGGAGGAAAACAACAAUACCAAUAUUUGAUUUAUUUUCUUCUUCUCUCUACCUGUGUCCCCGUGAAUGUACGCACGUGUCAGUCCUCCAUCUAACCACUACUCAGCAAGCGCCGCUCCCCACCCCACCUUCUCACACUCCUUCAACCCCUCCCCACUGAUCCACCACUCCCCAGUGAUAGCACGUUCCCACCACCCCUUCAAAACCUCACACCCCUCCAACCAAUCCGCACCGUACCCAUCUUUGGUAUAACAGGUUUGCGCCAUUACCACCACGUCCGCCAACGUCACCUCUCUCCCCUCCCCACUCAAACUCUUAGUUCCCUUCCCCACCACAUCGCUUUUGAUCCACUCCUCCAACCUUCCCAUGUAAAAUUCCUUUCGACGCGUCGCGUGAGCCGCUGCGCCCGCGCUACGCUCGCUCUCGCGCAGCUGCGACCAGGACUCCGUACCUGGCGUGGAGUGGAUGAAAGAAAUUAGGAUACUCUGACUCUCUUCAGAAGUAAAGAUGCUGUCCAAGUGGUGGAUAAUAGUCAAGGAUUCUCUGAUCCAUUGGCCCUCCCCUUCUUCUGUAGACGAGGCGAUGUGCAUACACGGCACCGACAUGUUAUCUGGUCGGACUGGGUAUCCCUCCGGCGUGUCCAGUUUGUAGGUUUCCGGAUCCAGGAUCACGGGGAUGAGGUGGAUGUUUUGAGCGGCCAAAUCUGAGAGGGUGAUUUUUUGCGCGCGGAGAUAGUAGAUUAUGCGGCGGGGGAAGAGGCCUGUUGGCCAGAUGUAGAUUGUUGUUUUGGGGUGGGUAGAGGUUGGGGCUGGCAUUUUUAUGGAAAAAAAGAGGCGAAAUUGUUAUGUCUUCUUAGUGAUUGAAAAGAUAAAAAAAUUCCUAGGCGAUAUUCUGCUGCUUUUUUGGUUCGUGGAUAACUGUGUGCGGUAAAGGUGGUGGUUGAUAUAUCACCUCUCGGAGACUUUUGCUUUCGCUCUUCGGGCCCUUUUCACCUUCCCUGCUCUUGCUUUCUCAGUAUACGUAUCAAGAUUACCCCACUACUUUCCCUAUUCUGUAUGAGAAAAAUGGAUCACAGAUACGUGGCCGGAUCAAUAUUUUUCUUUCGCUGUUGUACGGGCGGCGAAGUGACCAGAACGGUGGCGCAUGCGGAUUGGUCGGAUCGUAUAACGAGCAAGAAAUUGGUGUGUUUUUUCACGUAGCAGAUAGAGAUAUCCAUGUAUGUAAAUACAUGACUUUUUCCAAUAGGGUCAGCACUGUGGUCGGAGGAAAGUUCGGUAUAACGAAGCGGAGCAUGCACAGCAAGUCAGCCCACGUGACGGU